UUUUUUUGUGUGGUUUUAUUGAACAUAAUAACAUGUUUUUAUUCAAAGGAAGCGUGGAGAUGAGUCAUUUCAAGUAGGAGAGAGUGAUUUCUCUGAUGUAGGGAACCCCUUGUAGUUCGUUAGUCAUUAUGCAUUGAAUAGUGGCUGGCUCUCUAGGUUAGAAUGGGAAGGAAAGCUAGGUAGGGCCUCAAGGGACAUGUGAGGGGCCAGGUUACCAGAGUAGUCACAUGACCUAGAUGGAGAGGUUUGGGUCAGCAAGAAGAAAAAAGUAAACCACCAAUACUGACAUAUGUAAGUAACUAUUUGAUGAUAACACUGUUACAUCCUAAUAAAGGCAGGCCUUGGGUUUAACCUCGAGUACUUCUCAUCUAAUGAGAGCCCUCUUUAGCACAUACCCCUUCAUUCUCUUUUUAUCAUUUCCUCCAAACAACCAGCAACCCCUUAUGCUUUGACAUCAGUCUUAAACAUUUACCUAUUUGUUUUUUUCCUAUUUCACUCAUUUUCAUUGCUAUUUAUUUUGUUUAAAAAAUCGACAUAAACAAAUUAGAGUUUGGGUGAUUACAUAGGUACUUUGAUAUUUGGAAAGCCCUGGGGCGCGGGAGAGGGUUGUGGUGAAAAGUAGCCACAGGUAGCUUCCCUGUGAGCUAUGAAAGCUGUUCUUUAUGGGUGUCAUUUGAGAGGCCGUGUUUACUUUUCUAAACCGCAGGAAGAAGGGAAAUGGGAAGACGUGGCUGGACACUGUAAUAAAGUCUCCUUCCAUCCACAUGGCUCCUGGUCUCUCCCUUACCUGCCUCUUCAUUCUGGCUACCCGGGGCUUUGGAUCUUCUGGUUUCUAGCUGUAGAAGUUCGCUGGGGAGUAAGACAAGAACAGAAGCAAAGCACAGAGAGCAGCUGAUGAGAGCAGCCUGAGAGUCCCUGGUGAGGCAGAGACGGCCCACUCUGUGGAAGAUGCUGGGUGCUGCGAGGCCGAGAAGCCCUUCAUUUUGAGGUGGGAGAGCAGGUUUCAGCAGGACAGCGCCUUCAUUCCAGACCUCACCAUGGCUUCAACUCUCUGGCUGGACGGCUGAUGUGACUGUGUGUCCCACAUGCUGUUGGACUGUGUGCCGUCCAGGUAGUUCCUGCUCACAGGGUGUGGGAGCACAGCCAGUGGGCAUCAGAUGCUCCCAAAGGUUGGACCAGCAGAGUGAUGGACUUGGACAGGCUAAGAUGGAAGUGACCUGAGGCCUCGCCCGGGCAGUUUCUUCACAACCGGACAAGUUAAGAAUUGAAACACAGGCUUGUCUGGGGAGCAGUAUGCCGGAAGCUGGUUUUCAGGCCACAAAUGCGUUCACAGAGUGCAAAUUCACCUGCACCAGCGGCAAAUGCUUGUACCUUGGUUCACUGGUCUGUAACCAACAGAAUGACUGUGGGGAUAACAGUGACGAAGAGAACUGUCUCCUGGUGACCGAGCAUCCACCUCCAGGCAUCUUCAACUCGGAGCUGGAGUUCGCACAGGUCCUCAUCAUCGUCGUGGUGGUCACAGUGAUGGUGGUGGUGGUCGUAUGCCUACUGAACCACUACAAAGUCUCCACGCGUUCCUUCAUCAACCGCCCCAACCAGAGCCGGAGACAAGAGGACGGGUUGCAGCCGGAAGGGUCCCUGUGGCCUUCUGACAGCUCCGUGCAGCGGCCAGGGGCUUCAGAGAUCAUGUGUGCCCCACGGGGCAGGGAUAGGUUUACUACCCCGUCCUUCAUCCAGCGGGAUCCGUUCAGUCGCUUCCAGCCCACCUACCCCUACGUACAGCACGAGAUUGACUUGCCUCCCACCAUCUCCCUGUCAGACGGGGAAGAGCCGCCUCCUUACCAGGGACCCUGCACCCUCCAGCUCCGGGACCCAGAGCAACAGAUGGAACUCAACCGAGAGUCCGUGAGGGCCCCGCCCAACCGAACCGUGUUCGACAGUGACUUGAUAGACAUUUCUAUGUACAACGGGGGACCAUGCCCACCAAGCAGCCACUCGGGCAUCAGUGCAGCUACUUGUAGCAGUAACGGGAGGAUGGAGGGGCCGCCCCCGACCUACAGCGAGGUGAUGGGUCACUACCCAGGUACCUCAUUCUCCCACCACCAGCAUAGCAACGCACACAGGGGCAGCAGACCACAGUUUCAGCCGAACAACUCAGAGGGCACAAUAGUACCCAUCAAGGGCAAAGACAGGAAGCCUGGGAACCUGGUCUGAUUCCCUUCAGGGUGCACUUUGCAAGGAGAGAGCAACCUCGGCGGGGAGAGCGAGGCCACCGGCCCCUCUGCCACAGUGUUGUCCAGCUUUACGUCGUACAGCUGAGUAAAACCAAAUGUGCAAACACGGUCUUCGUUUCUGAUUCCUGUCCCGGGAAUUGCAUGCAAACAAGACUGGAACAAUGCGAACUUCCAUCCGGUUUGACCACAAACAGUGUUCAUCUGGGGGCAGGGGUGGAGUCAGGGUUAGAGAUGGUGUGAGCUUGGCAAAGGGCGUGCAGAGCAAACCGAGGAUGCUUUGAAGACUUCAUGAAAGUAAGACCCACAGAGGUAUUUUUGACAUAUUUAAUUCCAAAAGGAGACUGCCGAUAAAGGAGGCCAGAAUGGCGUUUUUAUAAUUAACUGAAUAAAGAAGGAAGAAUUAUUAUAUAUUAUCAUGGGGAAGAGUCAGCCAGUUUGCUUUUUCUCCAAAGGUGUGAAACUUUUAUUUUGUUUUAAAAAUAUGAGUCAAAACUCCUGUUUUGUGUGCCAAGGUAUGAAGCGGAUAGAGGAGCGAGAGGAACUAAUUUGUGUUGUGAUGGUAUGCUUUAAGAGUUGCACUAUCUUGAUGUUUAAAAUACGGAUGAGGGAACUGUGUUGUGUGAAGUUCUGUAUGUUGUCACCUAUGGAUGGCUAUUAUGCCCCAGGAACACCCUUGAGAGUCCACAGAGUCGUCAUACACGAAAGGUAUUUGGGGAUGUGCCCUGGCGUUUACCAAGUUAUAUACAUUUAAGAAGUGGUGUGUUGCAAGAAGUUGCAGCCAGAUGCAGUGCACUACUAGAGUCCUUUGGAGAGGCUGGUGAAAAGAAACGCCUGCAUUGUGUCACGCAGAGCCAGCCUUGUUCCCAGCAGCGCCAGAGCAACUUAGACUUUUUUUCACUGUAGCAUGAAAUAUAUUCAGAUACAUACCUUAUUUUAUGCAAUAAAUUGUUUAAAAUGCAAGAUGGUUAUUUUGUGUACUGCUGAACUGUGUAGCACAGUGAGUCCCGUGGCCUCUCCCGUCCUAGGCAGCUGUUGAGUUCUGCAAGGAUAUUCUGUUCAGCACCUGGCACCAGCAGUUGCUCCCAAAGCCCACUUGGUUUUCUAAGUGCCAUCCUGGUGAUGGUUCCUUAUGCUUACUAUCCCCCUGGGCCUGACAGAGGGACACAUUUGGCACAAUAAGCCAUUACGUAUCGCCAGUGUUGCAUGGUAGAGGAAUCCGGUGCAGACCUACCCAUAUUCAUGCCACAGACUCCCUUCUGUCUAGUUCGUCUUUGAACUGUGGCCAGCUGGAACACAGAGGUGGUGGGUGAGGGUGUGACUCAGGACAAGGCAUGGCAAAGUUGCAGCUGGACAAUGGCUUCUCAGUUUUUGAAGUCAGUUUACUAUUUCUACUAUUUCUAAACAUUCUUACAUACAACAAAAAGCCCCAGUGACUUUCUUUCGAAGAUAGAAGAGCUGGCCCUGUAACUGCACCAGGGCGGGCUCAUGUGCAGUGGCAGGGUCUCUGCCUGGUGGUCUGGCCUCUGCACGUACCAGAAAGAACAGGAAUGGGGAGUCAGUGGCAGUUUGACACCAAAUCAGUGUGCGUGCGUGCUGUGUGCAUGUGUGCGUUACUGUUUCCGGAGGUGAGUAUGUGAAGUCACUAUUCUCUUACCUGAGGACUAGAGAUUGUUUGAAGCCCCAAGUUGUGUCUGGCCCCAGGCCUUCCCAUUUCUGCUUGUCUCAGUAGGCAGGCCACUGACUGGCUUGGUUGGAGACGUGACAUCUCUAUGGGAUUUGUCCACUUCACACAGUAGCACCGACAGGAACACUCAGUCAAAAGGAGUGAGGACAGAUAGGGAACAGCUAUCAGCCCACGCUUCAACACUGCUUGGAAGGAUGUACACGUGAGGGUCUUUGGGACUCUGGAGUUGCUUUUCUGUCUUGUCUGGUGAUAUUCAGUGGCCUCUCAGGCUACAGGUUAGCUGGGCCAAAGAUGACCUUUCCCAUUUCCUUGAGGCUUCCUGAAAAGUUUCUGCCUCCUGGUCACCUAUGCUUCAGACUGCUUGAAUGGGGCUCUGAGAUACAAUGGCAGAGGAAGGAGGUAUGUGUCCUCCCUGGGAUCUCACCAGUAGGGGACUUGUCAUGGUUGACUGCCAGGGAAGGCGAGGUUAUGGCUGUCAUUCCAAAUCCUAACUAUAGUUUUGGUGAAGCUGGUGUCCACUCCAAAUGGCUUCUCAGUCCUUACUUUAGUCUUACUUUUCUGUCAGCUGUGAGAAAGAUCUAAGAUCAGAGAUUUGUAAAUUCCUUCGGAGCUUGGCAAGCAUAUGGACAUUUUGUAGAUGCCAACAGUAUUGGCAAAACAUUGGAUACCCUAGAGGACUGCCUUUUUAGUUUCUCUCUCUCUCUCUCUCUCUCUCUCUCUCUCUCUCUCACUCAUCACACACACACACACACACACACACACACACACACACACACACACACACACACACCAACUGUGACUUUGAAGUCUUUGAGGCUGGGUCUCUUUAAGGGAUUAGUUUAAAAACCAAAGCCAAGGUCCUAAAAAUGGAUUGGCCAUUUCUCUCAGCACAGGCAGGAGGAGAUUUAGAUAGCAGCCUUCUAGCUGACAGUCCAUGCCAUGCUGUCUCCUGGCUCUACGGUGCUGACUAAGUAGCGGCUGUGAGGAUGGGGCUUACACAGCAGGGGCUGUUGUCUUUCAAAAAGCUGGGUGCUUAGACCCCCCUGGGGUUCAGUUUAGAAAGCAGUGAGUUUAGGCAACUGACAAUAGUUAUAACGAUAGAUUAUUUCCAUGGGGCACUGCAGUAAAGAUUUGCAUUGUUAGAAGGAGCAGUCCUGGGCAGGCCACUCUGACUUAUCUGUUGUCUCAUGGACUUCCAAGAAUAUGAAGCAUAAGGCCUACUGGAAUUGUUUUUUGGCCUGCAUUUGCUUUUUCAGAAACUCCAUAAGCAAACACUAAAGCAAUAUUUAAUACAAGAGAUUGUGAAGCCAGCUACUCAUCCAAUUAUGUUUACUGAUAAAGCAUGCCGCCCCAUGCCUUCACCACCACACAGACCUAACCCAUGAAAGAUCAUGACAUGGCAGUGACUAAUUAAAUUUUUCCUUAGUAAUUUUUAGCUCAAACUCAAGAGCCAAGGAGCCAAAUGGGAUGGAUGCCUCUUCACACAAACAUGGGAAUUGGGUACAAAAAGAGUAUUAAAUAUAUAUAUUUAAAUUCUAAGUAGCUCCAUUUGAUCUUCAUCUUUAUUUUACUGGGACCAAAAGGAAGUACUUCUAGAAAGCUGCUUUGAUCUAGAAGAAUCUAUUCAUAUACCUGCCUUUCUCACAGGUGUAGGUUUUCCAUCUUAUCUGUUCUUUUUUAGAAUAACUCGUGGGGUAGUCCUUUUAAGAUGCCCUCAAGCUAUAUUAUUGAGGUAGCCCAUGUGGCCUCCAUUGUGUUUUGCCAACACUGUUGUAGAUCAUGGCUAUUCCUGGACAAUGUGCAUGCUGUGGAUGUUUCCAGAGUUUUGCUACUUAGAGUGGCAGCUCUAUACCCCCUAAAAAUCUCAGCAGUCAGGUUGACGGGAGCAACUGAGAAGGAUACUUGCUGUUACCUUUUCUCUCAUGUCAGUCACCCAUCCAGACUUGCGUGUGCCCUAAAGUGCCAAGCAAUUUCAUGGCUUCCUUAGACUGUACUGAUUGCAACAAACCCUGUUGUGUGGCUGUCAGGAGCUGUCGACAGUGCUUGGAGAUGAGGACAAAUCACAAUAGCAUUCUCAGUCUCCCAUAGUCCAUAGGCUUUAGGAAUAAAGAUGUCAUUUGAUAGCUGGAUGUAGCACAGGUUGAUGUCAGGAACACGGGGCCAUCUUGCUGAGCAAGGGAUUUCUCCCCAUACGCCAUCUUCAUCCCUAGGUUUGCCGGACAGCGUAACAUGACAAGGCUAGCCUAGACAGAUGAUGCGGUUGCACACACCCAAGUCCAUCUCUAAGCAGCUGAGGUGCCUUGUGUUCAGAUGUCAGAUGUAGGACCCCAGCCCCAGCGUGCAGUGCUCACCUUCAUUGUGCCUCACUUGAAAUGGUGCUUCUUCAACUGUUUGCUUUCAUUUGUAAGGUGCUGUAUAUACGUUGAACAUAUGCACAUACUCUACCCAAUGGGUAGAAUAAGAAAUUAAUACUGUAAUAUACUGUACAGACACCAGUUUUACUAGAAAUGGCAUAGAACUUUUGAAUGCCUACGUACUCCAUCUUUUGUAAGGAAACUUGCAAAUGAUUACAUACAGAUAAAGUCUAUGUAGUUUAUUUUCCUAUUAAAUAUAUUAACACCAUGGAAUGAAGUCUGAACAAGCAGGCAACAGUUUAUGACCAGCACAUACAUAGGAACUGAGUUGCACCUUUGCUCGGAAACACGUUAGCAAUUUCUAGGAUGUUUUUAUUUUAAUCUCUUUAGAACUAGUUAGACCAGUUUAGUUAUAUUUUAGGCAGGGGUGGGGGGAAGGUUGCUUUUCAGCUUGCUCUGUAUGCAGGCCUUCCCUCUCGCUGUAGAAUCAGUUGUCAGGCCUCAGUGGGAUGUGCAAACCUUUUUGAAGACAUGCAUGACAUCAGGCAAAUGAGUAACCUGCAGCAGAGGCUAUUCAGUCUCAGAGGGCACUUGUGACCAUUUGUGUCCCAUGUUCUCUGUGCCUUGUCUUAUAAAUGGAAGCUAUGGAGCCAAUGAACUGUCUGGAAUUUGUAGGGAGAGUGCCUCAGAAAACAGAUCCUAAAAGAUUAGGGUAGGGAAAAUGUUUGGGAUUGUCAUUAGAGAACAGUCAAUCAGCCAAGUACAGACUCAAGUCCAUUCCUAUUGUGUUCUGGGGUAGUCCUGACCCCUAAAGCAAUUAGGUUUUACCAUCAGUUAGGUUACAUGUCAGGCUAUAAGUAAAGUCACACUUCUCUCUUCUAGCUCCUGUUUAAUCUUUAGUGUCCAGUUGUGGCUUUGGUAUUUUUACGUUUCUUCCUUUGUCCUCCCCCUGCCCUCCACCCCUCAAGCAAAGAAGCCUUGGUGUCCAUUAAAACCACCAUGGAUACAAAGUGCGAUCCAUAAAGGCAAUCCAUGGAAUGCUGCCUUCCAAUCUAAUCCAAUAUGCCACCAGAUGAUAUUUGAGUAAUUCCAGGCUUUUUAUUUGUUCUGUGCUAUGUGCUCUGACUUUGAAAGUCAGAAACAGAAUUAUCCCCCAAUCAGGGAAAAAAAUGCUCCAAGCUAUUACUUAUUCUUAAUGUGCAACUCUUAAUGCCAAUUCAGUCCUCUUUAACACCUCCCUGCAAGAGCUGGGCAAAAAUGACAGUGGGUACCUCCUAAGUCCCACCCAAGUCCAAGUUACUGUCUCUGUCUACUGCAGGGCACACCCUCAGGAUCCCUGAGGGUCAAGACCUGAGGUCAAUCACUGUCAGAAAACAGGCACUCUACUGAGCAUCAGAAUGUUCUGGACUCAGUAGUAGGAUGUGUGAUCGACCAGACUCCUUUCUGCAGAUCCGGCCCUGCCUGAGCAUCCCUCUCAAUGAUGCUGGUUCUUUCUGAUGUGCUUGCCUUUCAAAAAAAAAAAAAAAAAAAUCACAAUUUCAACUAAUAUCCUUGUUGAGUUUAAAGGUGUUUUAAAAUAUAUACAAAACUACCCACACCAUUUAAUUUAAUUUUUUAUUAUAAAGCAAUCUACUAAAAAAAGUACAGCUGUAUUUGCAUCUUCCGAUCUUUGUGAGCUAUUAUAAUUAGAAGUCAAAGUCCUUUUGUGUUUAAACAAAAACAUGCUUAUUCUUUAACAUAUUCCUGGUCAGGUACGGGAAUGAUUCACAACUGUUAUCCACCUGCGUCUGUUGCCCGGGUGAUGAUGCAGUUUAGGCCUCAGGUCUGUGAUUGCAAUACUUUUGAUGACGGAUGUUGCACAAGUGCUGUUUGUUAGUUAUGAAAUCAGGUUUUCUGCUUGUUCUUGAUGCCAUGGUCAAAUCAUAGCACAACAUCAUUAAAAAUAAUCAGUGAUAAAUACCUGUCCCCUGGGGUUGUGUUUGUUCACCUUUCAGCUACGACGUACAACGAACAGGAAACUGUAUGAUCAGUCUCAGAAAAAUACCUUCUUUUUUGUGAGUUGGAGAUGGGACCCAAGGAAGAGUUCUUCCUUGGGCUACACCCCAGGCCAAAGGAUAGUGCUGAUCAUGCUCUAGUUACUGACUCAAGGAAAAUAUUUGUAUGUGUGUGCACGCACAGCAUAUGUGUACAUGUGCCACAGCUGGUGUGCGGUGAGGACAACUUGCUGAGUCAGUUCUCUCCAUCCACCAAGGGAUGGCAAGUUCAAUGGUCAAGCUUGGCAUGAACGCCUGCAGUCCCUAUCUCACGGUCUGGUUGCUUUUAAAAAGGAUUUCCUAGUGUCCUGUAAACCUAGACAGAGCAUAUCACAGACUUCUCAAUUCUGAGUUCUAACCUGGGGCAUUCAGAACUGGUCCUGAGAACAUCUGACCUCACAGGGGGUUUGGAUGGCUGUCACACAGCAAGCUAAACAGGCCUGGUACCAAAUGUUGAAGACUGCCUGACAGUGGAGGCCUUCAGAAGAUGUCUAUGACCUACACUGAGAGGAGAGUACUUUAUCUAUGCUCUAAGUGUAUGGAUUCUAGAUGACACAUGUAUGCAUAAAGCCUGCAAACCUACCAAACAAUAAGUGAAUUGAGCAUGAUAGUAGAAAGAUUUAUUUUUCCAUUUCUGUGACUUUCUAAUAAACAAAUGGAAACAAUUUCAAGAUCUUACUGGAAUAACUGUGUGGGCCCAAAUUCUAGUCCUACUGUUCAUCUUCAAUUCAGAGUGAGGUUAUAUUUUGAUGAGGGGAUUAUAAAACUUAAGCAAAUAAAGGGACUCUCAUCCUAAGGCCCCAGCAGACCACACUGUGCUCUCAGAGAACUUCGCAGUUCGGCAGCUCAUUAGAGACUGUCCCCAGAUCUCCCCAACCUAACACCAGUGUGAGCAAAGAAAGGAUGGCACGUGCCGGGUUCUCUCUUCCCUCUGCCACUGGUCCUGAUCCCCUCAGUACGAGCAGAUCUGAGUUCCUCUCAGAGUCCAAUCCAGGUUGUCAGAGCUGCUGCUUCAGGGAAGCAGGAGACACUGCUGAGCAAUGGUUUUGACACAGCAGGAUGGCACUCCAGUUCACAAUGGAAGACUAUCUUCUGCCCAGGUCCCCUGGCUGAGGACCUAGGAGGCUCUGAUGCAGAAAACAAAGACCUUACAGACAGCAACUCACCCUGGGCCUUUGAGUGAAAACACCAAUUCUCCUUCUCUGUGGUAACACUUGCAUUAACAGUUUAUAAGAAACUUGCUACUUAAAACAAGUUAGAUUUCCCUCACUAUACUGUUUUGAUCUGUUUGGCUUACAUAGAUUCUAAUUAAAACACACACUGGAAAUAGCAGCUCCAAAGUAAAGCCUUUGUAUUUGGAAAUUCAUUUUAAACACUGCAUUUCUGUCAAGACUUUAACUUUUGCCUCAAUAAUGCAAAUGAGAUUUGCUCUGCUGUACUCACUUCCAAAAAAAGAAGUUAAGAGCAAAAGCUGAUUUUAAUAAUGUAACUGCAACAGUGAUGACUAAAACCACAUACCCCAAAGGCCUUUUAAGUGAAGAAUUCCCUUAAAAACCUUCCACACGGCAGUUUAUAGUCAGUGGCUUGUCUAAUUUAACCUGUGGAACAGUAUUCUCACUUGGCAUUUCUUCUGUUACCGACCUUUUAUGAGUAUAAAAACAAUCACAUGAAUGAA